CGCCAAACACGGCCUUCUACAUCCCAAUCCGAACCUGACGUGCGGCCGCCUGCAUCGGCUCCUGCACUUCGGCCACCUGCUCUCGCCCUCGUCCUCGUCCUUGCUCUCACAUCCACAUCCGCAUCUCCCGCAAUCGUGGUUGUGCAGCUCCCCUCCCGUCUUGAAUGCGUCUUCUGCGCCUUCGCUGAGCUGCGUUCCAUGGUCCUGCAGCGUCGCCCUGCCCGUUGCGCUUGCCGUGGACAGGGAGGAGCCUCUUCAACGCCCGGUCGUCUGCGCCUGCCGCUGUCGCCGCCGUAGAUGGACAUCAACUCGCUGCUCUCGCCCGCCGAGUCGCCGGCCGAUGGCGACACGCCUCCACCCACCGCGCCUUCCUCCAAGUCCUCGACGCCGGUCCGUCGCCCGUCCACGCGCCCGCCCGUCCAGCAGCGGAAGUCUUCGAGCUUGAGCCGGCAGUAUUCGCCCUCGCCUCGUGCCGCCGAUCAGUCGCUGCCCGCCAUCGCCGCCCACAAUGCCGCAUACCACAACCAGCAGCAGCUCAUGUAUGCCCAGCCGAGCCCCCAGCCGGUCUACGCUGCCGCGUCCUCCGCUCCAGUGCCGUCGCCGUCGCCGGGCGUGCUCGCGUCUGACCCAAGGCUGGUCCACGCGCCGCACCACCAGCCGCACCAUCACCAGCAGCAGCAGCUUCCGUCCCUGCAGCGCCACGGGUCGACCCCACAGAUGGACACGCUUGCGGAUCUCGCAUCGAUGCAGCAAUCCCAGCACGCGGCCACCCGCCCUGCCUUGCCAUCACGCGACGCGACGUCCUCGCGCAGUUACACGCUCCAGAACUUGCCCCGGCCGGCCCUUUCCGCUCGGUCGUCGAACGAGAUCGUCAUGACUGAUCCAGCGACGCAGGAGCGGCGCUCUUACCGUUCACAUUCUCUCACGCAGGAGGAGUGCAGUCUCCUCGAUGAACUGGGCAACCACCUCGUGACAAAUCCGUUCGACUACUCCUCGCACGUCCGCUUCAUCACACUGCUGCAGCAGGGCUUAGCUGUGCAUGUUGGUAAGGGAGCUAGCCCCCACGAGUAUGAGCUUCUGCAGGAGCUGCGUAAUGCCCGUAAGACAAUGGAUCAAAUCUUCCCCCUUGGCGAGUCGCUCUGGGUCUCGUGGCUGGACGACGAGAUGGCCCUCGCGACUAACAACGACGACCGGCUGCGCGUGAUGGACCUGUUUGCGCGCGCCGUCACGGACGAACCCAGUUCUGUACGUCUUUGGCGCAAGUACGGGGACUACGCGUACUUCUUGUGGGCGGCUGCGUACGGCAUGGCAGACGCCGCCGCGACGGCUAGCUGGUCACCUCAGGACGUGCAGUCUGGCAAGGAGUACUUUAAAUGGGCUCCCAUGCUACGCAUCUGGGAACAGGCCGUCGCAAACACGCACUUCCGACUGAACGACAGCCAUCUUGUCUGGGACCAGUACAUGAGCGUGCUGAUCCAGGACCAUGAAAAGUGGCCGGACAAGCAGAAGCUGAUCAACAUCGAGCAGAAGUUUGCGGAGCGACUCUCUGAGGCGCACGCCACGUGGCAGGACACGUACCAAAGCUUUGGCUCUUUCUUGUCGGUCCACGACGCAAAGAACUACGAGGAGAUCAUGGCACAGAUGGCGAGAAACAGUGGUGCGCAGACGGCUUGGCGCAUACGCGAGAAGCACGAACUCGCGAUCCAGCACGCCGUCGAUCGCCGCGACGAGACGGCCGAGUAUCAGGCCUACACGGAUUACCUAGCGUGGGAGCUGCAAAAGAAAGGCGUCUUCAGCUUCCGCAUGAUCAGAGGUCUCUACGAACGCGCCACGACGCGUUUCCCAUCCGUGCAGACCUUCUGGAUCGACUACGUCGACUAUCUCAUCAGCGAUUCAUCGACGCCAGAUGCUUCGGUCAUGCCAGUCAUCGAGAGGGCGACGCGGCACUGCCCCUGGUCGGGAGACUUGUGGGCUCACCGGCUGCUGACGAUGGAACUCGAGGGCCGUCCCUUCGCGGAGAUUGAAAACAUCAAGCACCGCGCGACGUCGACCGGUCUCCUGGACGUGGGCGGCAUGGAGGAGCUGAUGAAAGUGUACGUGGCGUGGUGCGGCGGGCUGCGGAGACGUGCUUUCGCGCCAGGCGCGACCGAGGACGAGCUGGACAUUGCGGAAGUCGCGAUCCGCUCUGCGCUCGAGCACGUCAAGAAGAUUGGGCACGACAAAUAUGGCGAGAAGUACAUGGGCGACCCCCACUACCGGCUCGAGCGCAUCUACAUAAAGUUCAUGAUGCAGAAGGGCGAGAUUGAGGUCGCACGCGACAGCUGGAAGGAGAUCAUGAAGAACCAGGUCCACUCAUACGACUUCUGGUACAGGUAUUACAUGUGGGAGAUGGUCGUGUGGGCCAAGUUUUCGAUGCGUGCGGCGAAUGAACCUGGAUCGCAGCUGCGCUGCCCCGAACUCGCUACCGCAGUUCUCAAGCAGGCACUUGAGCAUGUCGACGUCAUGGACUGGCCCGAGCAACUGGUGCCCAUGUUUCUAAACCAUUGUGAACAUCACGAGUCUGUGGCCGAGCUUCGACGCGCGGUCAUCUUAGCUCGGGAAACGAAUCGCAGGAUCGCCAAAAGAAGAGAGCGAGAGGCGGCAGCCGCGGCGCAAGCGGCGCAGCAGGAUGCCAGCGAUUCGCAGUCUGCAUCAGCGACGGCAGACACGUCUGCGACGGGCGGUAAGCGAAAGCGAGAGGGCAAGGAAUCCGCCGUGGAUGAGACGGCUACCAAGAAGAUGAAGUCUGCCGAACCGGACGCCAAAGGCACUUCCUUGCCGGAGACGUCGCAGCCGAAGCGUGAUCGCGAGCACACGACCGUGAUCGUCGAGCACAUUCCGCUGAAGACCACCGAAGGCCAGAUCAAGCACUUCUUCCGCGACUGCGGAACAAUCAAGAGCAUCAACCUCGUUCACGAGAAGGACAGCCUGACUGCCACCAUCGAGUUCGAGUCGCAAGAUGAGGCUGCGUAUUCGCUCAUGAAGUCCGGCAAGACGUUUCAGGGGUCUGAACUAAGCGUCCGAUUCGGCACUGGAUGCACGCUCUUUGUGACCAACUACCCUCCCGAGGCGGACAAGGCGUACCUCAAGAACCUGUUCGCCAAUUGUGGAGAGGUUGUUGACGUGCGCAUGCCGUCGCUCAAGGCGAACGCCAAACGUCGCUUUGCGUACGUUCAGUUCCUAGACCCCGAUGCCGCUGCGAAGGCCACGCAGCUCAACGACACGUUGAUCGAUGGCAAGUACAAACUCGUCGUCGCGAUCUCUGACCCCAACAAAGCGGGACAUCGUGAAGGUGCUCAGUCAGAGGGUCGGGAAGUCUUUGUCGGCAACGUAUACUGGUAUGCCAAAGAGGACGAGAUCAAGACGCUGUUUGAAUCGGCCGGGGAGGUCGAGUCUGUACGCAUUCCACGAAACAUUGAGGGCAAGAGCAAAGGCACCGCGUUUGUUGUGUUUAAAACAAAGGAGGGUGCUGAGCGAGCUGCCAAGGAGUACAACGAGUUUCAGUUUAAGAAUCGCAAGCUGCAUGUGGAAGUUUCAAGCAAGAAAGCCAGCCGGACAGCGACGAGCAUCCACCGAGGAAGCACGAUGAGCCCGACGCCAGACGCGACUACUUCACCGUCCGUAAAAACGAACGGUGCUUCCGCUGCGCCCGUAAGCUCGACCGGCGAACCAGAGACGAACGCGAGUAACCACAAGGAACGCACCGUCGCGAUCAUGAAUGUGCCAGACACCGUGACCGCAGCGCGUCUCGAGAAGCUCGCGGAGCAAUACGGCCCGAUUAGGAAGCUUACUCUCCGCCCGGAUCACGCCGGCGCCAUUGUUGAAUACGUUGAUGUCGCGAGCGCGGGUAAGGCGCAGAUGGGCCUAGAAAACUACGAGCUGGAAGACCACAAGCUGCGCAUUGGAACAGUGCCAGAGCUGAUGAAGCAAAAGGCGGAGCUCAAAGAGGAGAAGCCCAAGACAGACAAAGCUAAGAAGGCUGAGAAGAAAGCCGUUUCUGGAUUCGGUGCACCAGUGCACCGUCCUGCCCAACCUCGGGGCGGCCACAGUGGACGUCGUGGUGGCCUGGGAUUCAGCAAGCGCACUCAUGAGGUCGCAGCAAAAAGGGAUGCCGACGAACCGACUGGACCGAAAAGUAACGACUACUUUCGUGGCUUGAUGGCGAGAAAGAACCAUGUCGAGAAGGAUGCAAAGAAUGGAGAAACACAUGGGGCCAAGCCGGCUGAUGAAGACCCAACAGAGAAUAGGGAUGCGGACAAUGAUCUGUUAGACGACAUUAUGGGAGGGGACGAAGACGAGAACGGCGAUGCGAACGAAGCUACCGCAGCUACGAGUCCUGCUGUUGAGGGAGAGGACAAGGGACUGCUGGACGACCUGAUGGAAGACUAGACAUAUGAGAAAAUCGGCGUUCACAAACAUUCUUUCUUUCGGCAUUGAAAGCAUUGAGAUUUGCGAUAUCCAACAGCUUGCAUGGAUAAAGGCGCCACGGGUCGAGAGCUUCAUUUAUCAAGUUUGCUUCGACGUUCCAUUAUUUUUUUUUUCAAAACUCGUGAUAGACCUUGGUGUGGGUAAGCCGCAUCUAUGUUGCUUCUAUCAACAGUUUCUUUGUUUCAUGUCUUUUCUUGUCUAUAUUUGAAAACCACCGACCUCAUCGGAAAGGAGUCUAAAUUGACGAAUUCUGCUCUUUUUUUCCUUUAUCUUGAAAACGAAAAAAAAAAAGAGAAACAAAAUCGGGCCCUUGUAGUUGUACCUUUGUUGCUCCUCGUCUCUCAUGCUUCUCUUUCCCUGGCAUCAUUCUGCGGACCCUCCUCCGCGAUAGAAGAAGGGGAAGUAUUGCGACUUAAAAUGAAAAAAAAGCGAUGGUUUGGCUUUGGCAACAAU